UUUCGAUUUUCGCAGGGAAAAGUCUGACGAUGUGUAAAUAUUACUGAGUUGAACCUGUGAAAGAAAUGUCUGAUGCCGGCGAUCUCAUGGCUUCCGAUAAAGUUGAUAAAAAUUCGGAGGCUGCUGGCGAGCAAAAUGAAUCUGAAGACCCUAAAGACGUAGUCAUGAAGGAAGAUGCUGUCGACCCCAACUCUGUCGCGGACAACGUUGAUUUGCCGCCGAAAGAAUCAGAAGCUGUUGAUGCUGAACCGGAUGAAGAAAAAGUUGCCCCAAAGUCUGAGAACGCUGAAGAAAAGUCAGCUGGUGAGGGAGAAUCUCCUUCACACGAUGCAAAUGCAGACGAAGAAAUGGCCUUCGAGGUUCUUGAUGAAGCCGUGGAACCUGGAACUCCUGCCCAAGAUCAAGAAGAAAGUGCAGAAUUGGAAAGUCCCGAGAAAACUGAAAAGGAAACUGCGAAAUCGGAAAGUCCUGAGAAAAAUGACGAAGAACCCGCAGAAGCGUCUCAACCCGAAGACGAUGUGACUAAUUUAUCUAUUGUGGAUGAAGUCGGUGGAGACGAUGAGCGGACUGAAGGGGAAAACAAGCAAGAGGAACCCGAAAAAACUGGUGCAGAUGCUUCGAAAUCUGAAACGGAGUCUAACAUUAAAGAAGAUAAUAAGAAGGCCCCGUCUUCUGCGUCUGCGGAAGCAUUGAGUUCAUUCGUGGGUCUAUUGAGCAAAUUGCAGAAGAUUCCGCCGAGUCCCAAGUCAAUUUUGAAGAAACCUGCUGCUUCUGCUGGAACGCCGAAUUCUUCCAAUGCAGAACCCAAGAAAAAAGCCAGACCUGCUCCGAAAUCCAUAAAGCUGGCUCGUGAGAAGAUGGCCCAAAGUGCUACUACCAACGAUGGGAAUGCACCCGCAGGAAAGGAACACACUUCGGAUGAAAUUGCAACUGGAGUUGUUCCGAAGAGUCCUUCCAACACUGCGGUUAUCCCAAGGAAUGGCAAAGGAUUUUGGAAUUUGUUGCGAUCUGCGGAGCUCUUGAAUCGCGCUUUGGAUUACGGAGUUGAAGGAGUGGUGUUGGCGGAACCGUACGAUGUGGUUAGGAGGCCCAACGACCCGAAGUCAACCAAGCCGGUCAUCAAAUGCCGGGGCAAACUUUCUUGCUCCAAGUCGGUUCGCAUCGCGAGGACCUGGCUCAACUCAGCCAAGGGAUCAGAAGGACGAAUGGUUGGGCUCUUCGGACCUUUCAAUAGAUACGGACGGGAUAUACGGAUGGAGAACAACUUCGAGAAGAAGGUUUAUGGUUGUCCGAAACAAUGCAAUGUGGGCUUGGGUAGACACGAGGAGCCGGGAGGACCUUACAUUUCUAUCGGUUACCCAGAGAUGCACGGAUUCCCUGAAGAAAGCAUUGAAGUUUACAAACAACGUCCUCCUGUUGCGCGGGUUUUGGAACAAACUGGAGCCGAACUUGAGCGACUCUCGGACUUGAUGGCCGUCUGUCUGGAGACGUUUUUUUCGUCGUUGCAACAGAUCGCUGACAAAUCGCCGGAAUUUGCGACGCAAUUGCACACCGUCGCACCACAGAUCGUCGAUCUACGUGACAUCAGUGCGCUUUUGUCGAACCGUGCUGUCGCAAACAUGGAUAUUCUGUGUUCCGGAAUGGAUGAUAUGACUGCGCGAAAAUAUUUGAUGGCUCCCCCGUCCCGAAUUUUGUUCCCGAAGCCGACUGGACCGAAUGCUCCGCGAGUCGUUCCCAAGAGGAAAUGGCAAGCACCACAUGAGCAAGGUUUCAAAAGGCGGCGGGACGGCGGUCCACCGGGCAACGUUGAGCCAUUCCGAAAUGCUGACAGGAGCAGCUACUCGAAUGAACACCAGGGGCAUGACAAUAGGAGGUAUCGCGAAAACUUCAAUCGGAAUCGUCAAGAUGCGUCGCAAAACUUCGAUCAACCUCGUCAAGAUUCUCCUCGAAACUUCAAUCGUCAGCAUCAAGAUUCUUUCCAAAAUUUCGAUCGUCAGCGUGGAGAAUCUUAUGAUCGACAACGUGGAGAUGGUGCUCCGAAUUUUGGCAACAUGCAAGAUGCACGUUCCGCUCUUCUAUCGACGCCUGAGGCCCCGACUCAAUUGAAGCAAAAGGAACUUCUUGCGCAAGUCGAAAACCUGAUCCGUUCCGCGGAGCGAAAAUUGAACAGUUAUGAUCCAUCGCCGAUGGAUAACAGACGAGUUUGAAAAUUGUCUAUUCGAAGAAAAAAAAAAAAAACGUUUAUCGGAUACUUUUUCGUUUACGUAUUUCUUUCAUGAUGUUCGUGGUGUGCUUGAGCAGUGAACCAAUGGUAAAUUUAAUUGUUACUUCUUCCGUUUCGUCUUGUGAGGUUAUGACCGGAUUAGCACAUAUUAAAGGAUUCUGUUCGUUCGUUUGA